UUUCUUUUUUUUUUUGUAUUCUCGAGGUAAGCCCACGCAAGAAGUACGUAUAAAAAAUAUAACGAUAUUUACCAACGCAGACUCUUGCCGUUAAUUACAUCGGUGCGCAUCGCUCUGCAAAUAAUGCGAUAGGCGAAAGUAAAUGAGAAAGUAAGCCGAUCGCGUCCCGAUAGGAUUUUUCCGAUAAACUCAUCUCAUUUUAAUAUUCAACACCUGUAAACGCGGCGCGGAACAAAGGCGAUAACCGCUGCAGAUCGCAAAGCAUUUGUAUCGGGUGCAUCCCGAUGCGAAGCGCGCUCUGUGUACAAUAAAAAUUUCAAGCGCCUCGUUAAAACUGGUUUUUAUCCCGUGUGCACUGUGCGCGAACCUGUUUGAUUCUGUCUGAGAAAUGUAACCGCCCGAGAAGAGGGCGAGAACCCGCCGCGGCAUUUAAAAAGAACACACGCCACAACAGGUUUCCGUCUCUUAAUCCUCCUGCGCUCGCUUAACAGUCUCUCGCGUCAAUGUGCAAAUGAAAAUUUUCAUAGACACGUUAUCGCUCUCCUCCGUUCCGGCUAAUGCUGCGAAAUUCUCGUAAGCGCGCUAAUUUCAUUAUACUAAUUGGAAUAUUUUAAAAUUUACGUAAACGCGACGGGCCGCAGUCACCGUAGGACUCAAUUACGAAUAAAAGCCGCGAAGUCCGGGCGAAUUAAAUGUCUCGGUGGGAAAACACGCACGUUUAGAAGGACGUUUUCCUUUAAGCGCGAGUCGUAACGUUCGCUACUCACCUUGCAAGCCGAAGCUGCAUGCGGAAAAAAGUUGAUAACGGAAUAAACUGAUUGAUCGAUCGAAUAAUCCGAUAUCGUUGCUUAUCGCCAUUUUUCGCCAGAUGUUUGAUAUUGGUGUUUUGUUGAUAAUACUUGCCGAGAUUUAUGCAUAUCUCGGAAUUUAUUUCGAUCCUCCCUCCUCUCUCCUGUAUGGCCGGCGUGUAUGCCACUUUUCCAAAAUUUCCAAAUGCGCAAGUUUUCAAUUAAUUUCAAUUAUGACACAAUAAACCGUCUAUCUAGAACGUAUAUCUAGUUUUUAUUUUAUCUCUAUUUAUCAAUAAUAUUCUUUAAUUUAUGUUAGAUUAUGUUUAAUAUACUGGCUAUUGCAAACAUGUUUACUUCUUUCUUGCUUACAUCUUAUCUACGCUUUUUGUUGUUUCGUACUGUCUUGUCUUAAAGUAUAUUAUCAUUCUUUUUUGAUGCGCUUGCAGCUGAAUGUAUUUAUCCCGUAUUAUCACGAAAACAAAUGGUCAAAAGGUGCACAUUUCAAAAUGCGAUUUAAUAAUCAAAACAUGAAUUAUUAAUCUUCUCUUCGUUGUCUCAAAAAAGAAUUUAUAAUACAGAUAGCAAGAUACAGAUGAUUGAUUGUCCCAGCGUAUAAUCAAAGCUGAAUUGUUUAUUUAUCUGAUGGAUUAAUUAUACUAUUGUGCUCAUGUAAAUAUCUAUUAAUAACUACGAUAUGUGAUUUUUAAGAUUUUUAAUUAUUAGUCUCAAGAAAAAUCUUUGUCCACUCAAUAACAUUCGCUGAUUAAGCCUAUCGAGUAAUCUAUGAAGAUUAAGAUUGAUUUAUGGCACGAAGCAGAUGCGAAAAAAUGGCAAAUUGCGACACGGCAAUAGAACCGGACAGCACGGAUCAAAUAAUUGACAUUGAAAAAAAUGACAUUUUAUCGAUCGUUAUUAUCUACCGCGGUAAAUAAUUCCGCUUUUAAUUGCUAUUCCUAAAGAUACUUUGGCUAUAUUUUAUUGUGAUCGAAAAAGUGUAAUCUCAUUUUUGUACAUUGACGAAAUGUUUUCUUUAAAUCAUCUUAGUUGAUGAAAAGUGCUUUUAAAAGGUUCUGAAACUAUUGUAAACGUUUCUUUUAAACGAAACAUUUGAUGAUACAGUAAAUCAACAACUUUAUGCUUUUUAUUUGAAAUUUACAAUUUGACGUCCAUUGUCAUACUAAACCAGAAAGCUCUAAAAAUGAAAGCUCAUGAAUCAUAAAAAGUAUCCAAAAUCUUAUUAAUUGAGAUAAUUUGUUAAGAUGUGCAACAAAUACCGUAGCGAGCGUAAUUAACGGCAAAUGAGAUAUCAAACAAUAUCAUGUAGUUGCGAUACAUAAAAAAUGGAUAGGCAUUUAUCUUAUCGAGAAAUUUGAAGUACAUCAAAGUAGCCGAAUAAAGCUUUAUAAACGGCAGCAAGUGCAGCGUUAGCAACAGAAUCACGACACAAUCGCAAAGAUGCAGAUACUUGUCUUGAUUGGCUUACUGUUCGCCUGCGUUGCGACUGGGCUUCCAGCGGAAAAGGAGACGUCUAACGACAUUUUUACUCAAUUGGACUACGAAAAAUUCGAAAACUCGGUGGCGUACGUGUACGACGACAAUGAGAAUUUGGUGCGGCUGACGUUCGAAGAUGACGAGGACGACGAAAGCUUUGACGAAACUAAAAAGGAUCUCGCGAACCGCGUCUUUUUCUUCCUGUACACGAAAGACAAUCCUACCGAUCCGAAGCCACUCUAUCUCGACGACGAGAACGCCUUGAAGAAUAGCUUUUUUGAUCCCAAAAAACCCACACGUUUUAUAACUCACGGAUGGAUGAAUUCUCGCAACAGCGCAGCCUGCACUCUGAUUCGCGAUGCUUAUGUUAAGCAUGACGACUACAACGUCAUCGUCAUCGACUGGAGCAAGAUAAGCAUCAGGCCUUACAUCUGGGCCAGCACGCGCGUCAAAAUGGUCGGUAUGUUCGUCUCCAGCAUGAUCGACUUUCUGGUGAAGCACGGACUGGACCUGUCGCAAACCACGCUCAUCGGCCACUCUCUUGGCGCUCACGUAUCUGGACUAGCUGCUCGCUUCGCUAAGGGCGAUGUCAACUAUGUCGUGGGACUGGAUCCGGCUCUUCCCGGCUUUUAUCUGGCCGGUCCAGGAUCCAGGAUAUCGAGCGGCGACGCGACUUACGUGGAGAUCAUUCACACGAACGGUGGCCUGCUUGGCUUCCUGGCGGCUAUCGGCGAUGUCGAUUUCUUCCCCAACGGAGGAUCCAAGCAGCUUGGCUGUCUGAUAGACAUCGGUGGCUCGUGUUCCCAUGCACGCUCCUACAGGUUCUACGCCGAGUCCAUCCUGAGCGACGUAGGAUUUCACGGGAGGAAAUGCAAUUCUUUCCUCCGAUGGCAACUGGGUUUAUGCAAGAAGGAACACACGUCCAUCAUGGGCGGACACAAACUUUUCAAUGGCCACGGUAACUACUUUUUGAUGACCCGGUCGGCGUUCCCGUUCGCUAAGGGCCUGCUCGCGAGGGACCCGUGAGAGUGACGAUCUGAAAAAUUUAGUCUGCCCACCGGCCGUCAGCGAGGAUUCUGGAUUUGGAAAUUCAUUGUGGAAUAGGAAGGAGAUCCGCGCCGGGCUAAACUCGUUUCUCUCAGCAAUCGAUCGGACGCGUUCACGGUGCGUAAUUUCGUUUCCGCCCGCAGCGGCUGUUUCGCCGAGCACGUCGAGUAUCGCCGCGUACUUGCACCGGGGCAUUCUUAUAUUUUGUCUGAACGGAAGAUCAGUAGCAUUUAUCACAAGAACGGAGAGUGGCACCCCGACGUUUCGCUACGUGUAUCGUCGAGCCAACUCGCCCGCGUAAAUUUGCAAGAGUGGAACGUAUUUUGCAAAAGCGUCUCGCAUCACGUAAAACGCAUCAUAACGUUUCAUCUGCAGUGCAAAAUACUCGGAAGGAUACAUGGAAAAUGCAAGUCAAGUCGCGUUAAAUGUACGUAUCAAUUUCUCUCUCGUUGUCCGUUUCCUCGCAGCGACUCGAACGCUUCGGUGCGUACGCGCAAACACCCGGCGAAAUACGCGGCCUCUCAAAACGCGAAUUGCUCGGACCGGUUGCAAACUUAGCUGCGAUGCAUUAAAUUUUAUCGUAAUAUAUCUCUCGUGUACAUCGCGCAUAGCAACAAAGAUAAUAAGACGAUGCGGGAAACAGUCGGAUUAAACCCGCGUGCUGAAUUUUAGGCUCCGGGCUGUUUCGAGUAAACAGACGUAGAUAUUUAUCAUUUUCAUAUAUAAUGCACGAGGUAAAGUUGCAAAAGAGAAGACAGAUAAAAGCGAUUUUGUCAAGUAAGAGGGAAACGAGAAUUUUCUUCUUCGAGUAAUUUUAGCACGCGAACGAUGUUGAUCGCAGAGACGGCGAUAAUUACGCGACUCUGACGCAUAAAUGGCAGCCAUUAUUAUUAUUCGAAAAACGCGCAUUAAACAUUCCGCAUUCCAAAUCCAUGACGUUUGGUGGUCACAGUCAUCCGCAUGAUAUUAGCAAUGCAAUAAAUUGUGAUAAAAUUUAUACUUGUUUAUAACAGAGCACUAAUGUACAAAUAUAAUUAUUAUACUUUUACAAAAUA